UCCAUUUCCAUCCAAGGAUUUUUAAUUCCAUUUCCAUCCUUCAAUCCAUCUACCAAACACACCCUUAGUAUGAUUAUUCUACUUUCAUAGAUCACCAUUCACCGAGCUCAAGUGCAGAGUAUCAUUAUAUUGAGCUUCCCUGCAAAAUUGGCAGUUUCGAUUGGAAUCAAAAAAUGCAGGGUGGAUCAACCGGCAUUGGUUACGGUUUAAAAUAUCAGGCAAGAUGCAUUGCGGAUGUUAAGGCGGAUACAGAUCACACCAGCUUCAUCGCUGGUACUCUCAGUCUCAAAGAAGAAAACGAGGUGCAUUUGAUACGUCUUUCAAAUGGUGGCAUUGAGUUGGUAUGUGAAGGGUUGUUCUCUCACCCAAAUGAGAUAUGGGACAUUGCUUCUUGUCCCUAUGAUCAGCGCAUUUUCUCAACCGUCUAUUUCGAUGGUCAAUCAUAUGGAGCAGCCAUAUGGCAAAUUCCUGAAUUGUAUGGACAGUUAAAUUCGCCUCAACUGGAAAGGAUAGCUGCUCUUGAUUCUCAUAGUGCUAAAAUUGGAUGUGUUCUUUGGUGGCCUACAGGAAGACAUGAUAAGAUAAUUAGUAUUGACGAACAGAACCUGUUCUUGUGGAGUUUAGAUUCUUCAAAGAAGACAGCACAGGUACAUUCACAGGAAUCAGCUGGCAUGUUACAUUACUUAAGUGGUGGUGCCUGGGAUCCUCAUGAUGUAAAUGCUGUUGCAUUGACAAGUGAAUCAGCAAUCCAGCUUUGGGACCUACGAACAAUGAAGAUGACCAACUCAAUUGAGCAAGUACAUGCCCGCAACCUUGAUUAUGAUGUCAAAACAACACAUAUCCUGGUAACUGCAGAGGAUGAGUCUGGAAUACGCAUUUGGGAUCUUAGGAUGUUGAAGGCUCCCAUCACCGAGCUUCCUGGCCAUGAUCACUGGACAUGGACAGUCAGGUGUAACCCUGAGUACAACGGUUUAAUCUUGAGUGCUGGAACCGAUUCAUCUGUGAGCUUGUGGUCAGCUCCGACGCAUAGUGAGGACACAAGUUUGGUGGAGUCCACAACUAAUCGCGCAGAGCCUUUAUUGCACUCAUACAGUGAUUAUGAAGACAGUGUUUAUGGCCUUGCUUGGAGUUCAAGGGAACCUUGGAUUUUUGCGUCAUUGUCUUACGAUGGGAGGGUGGUCGUAGAAUCAAUAAAACCUCAUCUUUCCAGAAAGUGAAGACCUGUGUUUCAUUAUAACUUGAAGUUCCUUGCCAUCUGCAUCUAUUCCUCGUCUCCAGGCGUUUUUUAAAAUGUUUUCUAUGUGCUGCUCAUGUGCUGAGAAAAAUCAAACUGAGAUGAUGCGUUUUACUAAAAGGAUUUGAUUUGUGAAGCUUCUUAUAUAGAGUCCAUGUGCUCAAUAAGUUGACAAUCGUUUAUCAUCAAUCCUUUCCGUAAUCCUUCAAGACGAGUUGAUGACAGUGUCUUAAUUCUUAAUCCGAUAAAAGAUUUCCAUUUUCUGGAUUUAGGCAACAUUUUUGUGCUUCCCUCGCCUUUGGAAAAUGUACGAUAUUUAAUCCUGACGUCAAACUGGCAGACGGCCGCCAUUGUGCAUUUUUGGCUGAACUGAAUACUUCAAUUUAUGUAGUUGUAUUGUAUUGAGCUUGUUUAAGUGGCUAUAUGUUUGAGAUGGCUUUUUGUAAUUGACCUUACUGAUCGACUAUUAGUUUGUUAUCUUUAUAAUGGUUCUUAACGUAUUGAAUGAUUCAUGCAGUAACUUCGAAUUGAUUCCUUAUAUUCUGAUUGAGAAUAUUCAAAGAAAUCAGCUUCAUCAAGUGAGGUUCCGAAAAUAGAUUUUGAAGCCCCCCACCAAGGAGAAGGGUGCAGACGACCCUCAACUGUCUUAAUGAUGGUGUUCGCUUGUAUUGGUGUGCUCCAGCCCCUGGCUGUAAAUGCUUGCUUUCAUGUGGCCACCACCCUGGGUGGUGCGGCUGAGCUAGUGUGGUUCAGCCGUUCACCUGUUUUCGUAUGCACACAUAAAAGCAUAAUUAGUUGAGGAAACUCGAGAAGUAAUCUCCUUCCAUAUCAAUAGACAUUUAGUUAUUCAUCUAUGUCGGAGAUUAGAUAAAUCAUAAGUCUUAGUUUCUCUUAGCUUUAAUAUAACUUUAUAAAAUUCGAGCUUAAAUAAAAAAUAUUGCGAGAAAAAAUAGUAAUUUUAUCACAAUAUUUUGAGAAUGUGGAAUUAUUUGAGCUUCAAAUUGUUCGUUGAGAUAUCAUAGGACACCAA